AUGGCCAACCUGCUCCGCAGCAAGCUGUCCAAUGUGGCCACGUCCGUGUCCAACAAGUCCCAGGCCAAGGUGAGCGGCAUGUUCGCCAGGAUGGGUUUUCAGGCGGCCACCGACGAGGAAGCGGUGGGCUUCGCGCAUUGCGACGACCUCGACUUUGAGCACCGGCAGGGCUUGCAGAUGGACAUCCUGAAAAGCGAGGGCGAGCCCUGCGGGGACGAGGGCGCCGAACCACCCGUCGAGGGAGACAUCCAUUACCAGCGCGGCGGUGGCGCGCCACUGCCGCCCUCGGGCUCCAAGGACCAGGCCCUAGGAGCUGGUGGCGAGUUUGGGGGCCAAGACAAGCCCAAGAUCACGGCGUGGGAGGCGGGCUGGAACGUGACCAACGCUAUCCAGGGCAUGUUCGUGCUGGGCCUGCCCUACGCCAUCCUGCACGGCGGCUACCUGGGAUUGUUCCUUAUUAUCUUCGCCGCCGUGGUGUGCUGCUACACCGGCAAGAUCCUCAUCGCCUGCCUGUACGAGGAGAACGAGGACGGCGAGGUGGUGCGCGUGCGGGACUCGUACGUGGCCAUUGCCAACGCCUGCUGCGCCCCGCGCUUCCCCACCCUGGGCGGCCGCGUGGUGAACGUGGCGCAGAUCAUCGAGCUGGUGAUGACUUGCAUCCUGUACGUGGUGGUGAGCGGCAACCUCAUGUACAACAGCUUUCCGGGGCUGCCCGUGUCGCAGAAGUCCUGGUCCAUCAUCGCCACGGCGGUGCUGCUGCCUUGCGCCUUCCUUAAGAACCUCAAGGCCGUGUCCAAGUUCAGCCUGCUGUGCACGUUGGCCCACUUCGUCAUCAACAUUCUGGUCAUUGCCUACUGCCUGUCGCGGGCGCGCGAUUGGGCCUGGGAGAAGGUCAAGUUCUACAUCGACGUCAAGAAGUUUCCCAUCUCCAUCGGUAUCAUCGUGUUCAGCUACACGUCGCAGAUCUUCCUGCCUUCGCUGGAAGGCAACAUGCAGCAGCCGAGCGAGUUCCACUGCAUGAUGAACUGGACGCACAUCGCCGCCUGUGUGCUCAAAGGCCUCUUCGCGCUCGUCGCCUACCUCACCUGGGCCGAUGAGACCAAGGAGGUCAUCACGGAUAACCUGCCCGGGUCCAUCCGCGCCGUGGUCAACAUAUUCCUGGUGGCCAAGGCGCUGCUCUCCUACCCCUUGCCCUUCUUCGCUGCUGUCGAGGUGCUGGAGAAGUCGCUUUUCCAGGAAGGCAGCCGCGCCUUCUUCCCCGCCUGCUACGGCGGCGACGGGCGCCUCAAGUCGUGGGGGCUGACGCUGCGCUGCGCUCUGGUGGUCUUCACGCUGCUCAUGGCCAUCUAUGUGCCGCACUUCGCGCUGCUCAUGGGCCUCACCGGCAGCCUCACAGGCGCCGGCCUCUGCUUCCUGCUGCCCAGCCUCUUCCACCUGCGCCUGCUCUGGCGCAAGCUGCUGUGGCACCAGGUCUUCUUCGACGUCGCCAUCUUCGUCAUCGGCGGCAUCUGCAGCGUGUCCGGCUUCGUGCACUCUCUGGAGGGCCUCAUUGAGGCCUACCGAACCAACGCGGAGGACUAG